AUGUCCACCACAUUCGAAUACCCCCUAGUCAUCGACGAAGCGACGCGUGUACGCGUAUCUAUAUCUGACAAAGAAAACGCGCCUGCAGCCCUCCGCCAGACAACACUAGCGCUGGACGGUGGGAACAUGAAAGGAAAGAAGCGUACUUUGACCCUGGUUGAUGGCGACGCGUGUAAAAAGUAUAUUGACGCGUUCUUAGGCGAGUUGGAUUUGAGUGGGGCGUUGCCCGCUACGCCUCAGGUAGUCGUCGAGGCUUUGAGGUUACGGAUUCUACAGCUCGAAGACCAGCUAUAUGCCCAAGCUCCACCUGCAAAACGCGCCAGGACGAUCACCGGCCCCGCUACUUCCUCCUCUUCCUCAUCCGAAGCACCCGUUGCAGGCCCGUCAAAGGCGGAGGAGAAGAAAUCCAAGAUGCAAAUCAAGAAGAUCUUUGAUCGACUGAAGAAGGAAUGUAAAUCCGACGGCCUCAAAUUCCAAGGAUCACCCAAAACGAUCAAAAUCGACGAAGUAUGGGAACAAUCCGAAUUCGAGGCGAUCUUUUCUGGGCAGGGAACGCUUAUCCAGCCUACGCCCAAUAAUAAGCCCAAGAGUACCGUCACCAUCAUCCACUUUAAAACAAAAGCCCAAGUUGAAGAAUUCUUCGGUAAUGAACUGAAAGAUCUUAGAGGCAACCGAUGGACGCGCGGUGGUGGUCCACACUUUGCGAAAUCGUUGAAGCAGGGCCCAUGUGAUGUGCAGAUUAACUCGUUCGAGGUCAACUACUCGAAGAAUGGGAUGAAGUGUUCCCUCAAGUUUGAAGUCUCUGAAGUGGGUGGGGGAUAUUGCCCGUAUGGGCCGUCGCAGAGACGGCAUUCGUAG